CUGUGCGGCCCCACGUGCGUAGGGCGGGGAUGCCGGCGGUAGCUGCUGUCGCCGCGGUAGGUGAGAUUGCCCCAGUCUGGAGAGCGGAGGUCUCCCGCGGCCGCGACGACUUCAUCAUGCCUAAAGUGCUAAAGGGAAAAAGUGCAGGACGGGAAAAAAAAAUCAUCCAUCCAUAUAGUAGAAAAGCCGCUCAAAUUACAAGAGAGGCCCACAAACAAGAGAAAAGGGAAAAAUUGAAGAAUGAAAAGGCCUUGCGUCUUAACCUUAUUGGUGAAAAACUUCAGUGGUUUCAAAAUCAUCUUGAUCCCCAAAAAGUGAGAUAUUCAAAGAAAGAUGCUUGUGAAUUAAUUGAAAGGUAUUUAAAUCGAUUCAGCAAUGAGCUGGAGCAGAUCGAGUUACAUAACAGCAUCAGAGACAGGCAGGGAAGGCGGCACUACUCCCGGGAGACAGUCAUCAAGCAGACGAUGGAGCGUGAGCGGCAGCAGUAUGAAGGUUAUGGCCUUGAAAUUCCAGACAUUCUGGAUGCGAGUAAUCUGAGAACUUUGAGGGAAUGGAAUUUUGAUCUAAAGAAACUGCCAAACAUUAAAAUGAGAAAAAUUUGUGCUAAUGAUGCACUUCCCAAGAAGUGUAAGAGAAAAACUAUUAUAACUGCAGGCGAAGAUUUGGGGGAUCUGGAAAUAAAAGAUGAAUCAAGCGACUCUGAUGAGGAAAUGACUGCAGUGGACUAAUUGCCUUGACUUGAAUUGAAAAUAGAUAAUUUGAGACUUUCAACUUA